AUGGCUGCAUCACUUUUCCGGCAGGCGGGGCGCACAGCUGCCAAAUGCUCGUUGCGACCCACUACCACACUCCGUCCCUCAACAUCAAGAGCUUCAAUCCGAGCAUUUUCAGCACUCCCAGCACGCAGAUACGCAGAGCCAUAUCAGGGCACAAGAUUAGUUCCUACCGAUGAACAUUUCACAGCAUCAAACCAUCCAGAUAAUGUCAACAUUGCCUCCGAUUCGAGUCUGCACGAAGGCGAACAUGUGGAGAAGAGGAAGAUUCGGCAUUAUACUGUGAACUUUGGUCCUCAACAUCCGGCUGCUCACGGUGUGUUGCGGUUAAUUUUGGAGCUCAAUGGAGAGGAAAUCGUUCGAUCGGAUCCUCAUGUCGGUUUAUUGCAUCGUGGAACCGAGAAGUUGAUCGAAUAUAAGACAUAUCUCCAGGCCUUGCCAUACUUUGAUCGAUUGGACUACGUUUCUAUGAUGACCAAUGAGCAAUGUUUCUCUUUGGCUGUUGAGAAGCUGUUAAACGUUGAGAUCCCUGAGAGAGCGAAGUGGAUUCGAACACUUUUUGGUGAAAUCACUAGAAUCUUGAAUCAUCUUAUGUCGAUUUUGUCUCACGCAAUGGAUGUUGGUGCUCUCACACCUUUCUUGUGGGGGUUUGAAGAACGUGAGAAGCUUAUGGAAUUCUAUGAACGAGUUUCAGGAGCUCGCCUGCACGCUGCAUAUGUUCGUCCAGGUGGCGUCCAUCAAGAUAUUCCAGUUGGCCUCCUUGACGAUAUCUAUCAAUGGGCCACUCAAUUCAGUGAUCGUAUUGAUGAGACAGAGGAACUACUCACUGAUAAUAGAAUUUGGAUUGGACGAACAAAGGGAGUGGGUGUCGUUUCAGCCGCUGAUGCUCUGAACUUAAGUUUCACUGGUGUCAUGCUUCGAGGAAGUGGUGUUCCAUGGGAUGUUCGUAAGAGUCAGCCUUAUGACGCAUAUGAUCAAGUCGAGUUCGAUGUUCCAGUUGGUGUCAACGGUGAUUGUUAUGACCGAUAUCUUUGCAGAAUGGAGGAAUUUAGACAAUCCCUGCGAAUUAUCCACCAAUGUUUGAAUAAGAUGCCAGCUGGACCGAUCCGGGUAGAAGACUACAAGAUCUCGCCACCACCUCGUGCUGCGAUGAAGGAGAAUAUGGAGGCGCUGAUUCAUCACUUUUUGCUAUUUACCAAGGGAUACACUGUUCCACCUGGAGAGACGUAUUCCGCAAUUGAGGCGCCAAAGGGUGAAAUGGGUGUGUUCGUUGUAAGUGACGGAAGUGAAAGACCAUACCGAUGCAAGAUUCGUGCACCAGGUUUUGCUCACUUAGGUGGAUUCGAUCAAAUUUCAAGAGGACAUUUGCUUCCCGACGCCGUUGCUAUCAUUGGUACUAUGGAUUUGGUCUUCGGAGAAGUUGAUCGGUAG